CAGCCCUCUGAAAGUGUUGGAGUAGUGUUGGCAUUCAUUUUCCAGUGCAGAAAUCCGAUCCGAUUGACGUGGAUGUGAAAUAAUUCAUUCAGUCAUGAUUUCAGACAACUUUUAGUCAUUUCACCAAAUUAUACAGGAGCUUAAUUACUGAGAUUUUUCUUUCUUGUCAAAGUGGUCCCGAAUAGAAAUUUUGUAAAAUGAUGGACGACAUAGAUAGUGGAGCAGCACAGUCUGAAAGGAAAUCAACUAUUAUAUUCAGAAGGUUACAGCAGAGAUAUCAAAAAUUACUGGAUGAUUCUACUCCACAUACCAUUGGACGAUGGGCAUUUGCAAUUUUUUUGCUGUUCUUCUUCCUGGGCAGAGUGCUUAUAAUGCAGGGCUGGUAUAUUGUGACGUAUGCAUUGGGAAUCUAUUACCUUAAUCUGUUUGUUGGAUUCAUCACACCAAGAAUAGAUCCCGCUCUGGAGUUUGAUGAUGAUGCUGGUCCAGAGUUGCCAACCCGGGCUAAUGAAGAGUUCCGCCCCUUCAUUCGGCGCUUACCAGAAUUUAAAUUUUGGUACUCGGUCACUAAAUCAACAUUGAUUGCAGUAUUUUGUACAUUUUUUGAAGUUUUCAAUGUUCCUGUCUUCUGGCCAAUUCUUGUGAUGUAUUUCUUCACCUUGUUUGGAAUUACCAUGAAGAGGCAAAUCAAGCACAUGAUCAAGUACCGGUAUCUACCAUUCACUCAUGGGAAGCCAAAAUAUCAAGGCCAUGAAGAACCAGGAAAGGUGCCUGUGACCACAAAUCCCACUCAGAGAACACUAGAAGAGGUGGAAAAGGUUCCUUUACCUGCCAGUAUACCAUUGAUUUCUUCAACUCAAGUUGUUUGACAUCAAUUGAAAGAGAAGUAAAGCUAUGAACACUGAGAGUGAGAGGUGUGGAAGGUUUAACAGAUUUUACCAUGUUUUAAUGUGAAGACUGGUUGUUUGGUUUGGUUAUGAGCAGAAUACACUACUUGGAAGAGCGUAACAGACAAGCAUUAGAGCUUUUUUUUUGUAUUUAUUGUAUAAAGUGGAAAUAAACAUUUGUAUUAUGUGAUAGUGCGUUCUCACAGCUGUGUUCACUCAUCUAUGUGCAUACAAUUAUGGAAAAUACUUUGUCGAGAGCCCAUUAGAGUUUCUAUGGAUAUUUUAAUUGUAUAUGUGUAAAUAAUGAGGAAUAUUAUAAUAUAUUAUGCAAUA